AUGAGGGACGCGGCAAGAAAGAGAGAAAGCAAAACUGAGAGGAGAGAGUAAGAUAGAGCUGGAAAAGGGCCUAAAGAAUGGAUCUGCACCUGUUGCUUGAAUGUUCAUAGAGCUUGCCGGUGGAGGAGGAGACGAUCACCCCCACUUGGGCAUCACAGAGUAUGGCCAACUCUUCCGCCUUCUUGAACAGGCCCUUUCGCCGUUUCGAAAAGGUCACCUGCCUCGCCGUAGUGUUGUCUAUCUUCCUAAUCUUGAUCUUCCCCCUCGACAUCCCUUCCUUCUCUCACGUCGACUUCUUUUGCCUCACCACAUUGCUCGCUGAUCGAUCCAACGGUGCCCAACAAAAUGCAAGGAUGAUCCUCCCACACGGUAUAGAACUUACGAAGAAAAAUAGGUUUUGUGUUUGGAAGCCCCGAUCUAUGGAACCUUUGCGUUGUUUAUAUAAAAACGCGUGGCUUUUCCAAAUUUGGGAAGCAUACGAGUGCCCAAGUGGCUUCAGAUGCUGUACUACCCUAUAA